AGCCCAAUGCCAAAAUUCUCUCUUUUUGGAUUUGGCCUCUGAACUCCAGAAGUACAGAGCAAUACCAAAAGUGAAGUUGUUGCUUCUGAAUUCCAGCACCCGAAAAAAGAAAGAAGCUUUGCUUCUUCGGAGCUAUUUCUCGUGCAGAGUAUGCAAUUUCUGGGUUGUAGAACAGAGAAGCUCGCCAUUGACAAGUCAAGUAAUUUCUAGGCGACUCAAUCUCCGGAUCCAGCACUCUCGACUGGAUUGGAGAUAUCAAUGGCCGGAGUAAUAACAAAGUUCGUUACUGCGUCAUUGUUUAUGUGGAUAGUUCCUGUUGCAAUAUUGUAUGGGUAUAACAACAAUUUGAUUCCUGGUUCGAGCGACUUGUCUCCCCAUACCCUCACUCUGUUGAGUGGAUUCCUUGCUGUUGUUUCUGUCAAUAUAGUUAUUGCAUUCUAUAUAUAUAUGGCAAUGAAGGAACCUUCGGAUAAACAUGAGCCUGAUCCUGCAUUUCUUGCUGAGGCCAAAGCUAGUGUAAACCAGUCUGCAGCUGACGCUGGCAGCUCUUCCCAAUCCUCCAAGAAAGAAGAGUAAAAUGCUGAUUUUCCGUUUCCAAAGAUGCUAGAAAGAGAGCAGAAAAGCAUGGUGCAGAUUAGAUUUAGAUUAAGAAUCUAUUUGAAAACUCCGUUGGUUUUCAUUCUGUCAUCUGCUGUUAAACCUGAGAUACGAUACUGAUAUGAGAACCUUCUUUCUAGAAGAGAAUUCACUUGUUAAACCAGAUGCUAAGACUUCACCUUUUAGCUUUGAAUUAAAUGCUAAUGUUAAAGGACUUGCACUUGCA